AUGCCUUCAAAGAAAAGAAAGAUUGUGAAGAAAGAGAAGAAAUCAGUUACUAGAAAAGAGCCUCAAGGUAUUUCAGGAAGUUACAGAUGUCCUCUUGACUCCAGUAACUCAGCCGAUGUGCCUUGUCCUGUUCCUCUGGGGGAGAAGCUGCUGGCUUUUCUUCAAGAGUGGAAAGAGGAGAGUCAAGAAAUGGUUUGUGGAAGGUUACCUAGCAGAAUCCAGCAGGAAGUAACACCCCAGGACAUCAGAGAUCCCAGGAUGGUGUUCAACAAGUCUGACACAAAUAAAGUGGGGUAUCUUAAUUCAACUGAGGUUCAUGCAGCUCUACAGAUCCUUGGUCUUGGUGUCAACCAGGAGGAACUGAGGAAAAUGCUGAGCAAUUUGGGGCAUUUAAAAGAAAAGAAUGUGAGUUUUCAUGAUUUCUUUCAGAUUGUGAUAGAAUAUCAGGGAGAUGCCAGAGAUGUCUUUGAGGAAAUUAAACAGGGAUUUGAUCUCUGUGAUUGUGACGGUGAUGGGAAGAUCACUUUUGACAAUCUCAAAGAUGCCUGCAAGUCUGCGGGUGUUUACUUCUCAAAUGAAGAUCUACAGGAGAUGAUCGAAGAAGUGGACACUAAAGGUGAUGGGACAGUGAACAUGGAAGAGUUUACUGAACUCAUGCUGAAAACAAAUUUGUUCUGA